AGAAAAAGUGCAGUUAAAUCCUACGGACUGCGGUAAGGCUGACGUCCUUAGCUAUAUUGUGAAUGGGAAACCAGCGAACGAAUACCAGUUUCCGUGGAUGGUUCAGCUGCAAAUGCGUAUUGCUGGCGAUCCAGAUUACUACGUAUGUGGCGGAACCAUCAUAACGAAGCUUCACGUGCUUACAGCAGCCCACUGUUUCGACGUGGAGGGUAAGGAAGUAAUCAGCAUAGAUGUGCUCUACGGACAUGUUGACUGGCGUAGGGCCAAAAAGGUAAAAGGCAUCAAGAAGCUGGGCCACGCAGAAUACAGCUCCUGGACAAACCGUAACGAUAUUGGGAUCGUAAAGGUGGAGCAACCGUUCACAAUGGAUAAGAGUGUAAGGCCGAUAUGUGUUCUCUUGGAUCACGUGAACAUCAUCAACAUCGAGGCCUUAGUCGCAGGAUGGGGACGCCAUACCGAAGACGACAAAACGUCAAAGUACUACCUCCACUAUACAACACUAAGGAUCCUGCCACACGAAUACUGUGAAAGGCUGUACCCUAUCGAGUACGACGAAAAUGUGAACUACUGUGCGUAUCAAAAGGACACGGACACGUGUAAGGGCGAUUCCGGAGGACCACUAUUCGCCAAGAGUAAGAAUGGUACGUGCGUACAAGUUGGAAUAAUCUCUCACGGAAUCGGUUGUGCCCGAGAAGGUAAUCCUGGAGUCUACGCACGAGUGGAUGCAUACGCUUCGUGGCUCACCAAAGCAGUGGCCUCUGACGAAGGCUACAGGAACCUUACCGUAGACACUAUGCAGGAAAGCACGCCAACGGAAGAAGACAACGUGUUAUUUUCGUUUUUUCCUUUUCUUCGGACGUAACGUCUGGAAUAAAGUUCGUUCACAAAGCGG